AUGUCUCGACCAAUCCCAACGACCAAUAAACCCCGUCAACUAUCCCUUGGCUCUGCUCAAAUCGAUUCCAAUUCUGCUCUAUUGACUCCGGGCGGUACACCGCCUCAUACAGCUAAUGGACACGAUCAUGCUCAUGUUCAUACCCAUUUCGAAAACAGAUUACAACAGUUGUUGUCUUCGUUCGAAAGUGGAACGCACAGUUUCGAUAGGGAGGAGAGGGAGUCGCCCGAAGAGAGACGAAUGAGUUUCGGAAGCGGUAGCGAUGUAUUUCCAACUCCACCAUCCUCUCGUAGACCAUCAUUCCUAUCCGGUCUAUCCCUCUCACGACCAUUUGCUUUCACUUCAACAGCUUCUUCUAGUCCGAUCGCCUCUACUCCAUUAUCAGGUUCGCAUAACGGGAAAGAACAUUUCUCAAACCUUCAAAUGACAUCGGCUGCUAGUACUAGACCGAAUCUAGAGAGGGAAAAUCAAAUUCAAUCUACUCCCAAUAUCCCUCAUCAUCAUUUCGAGAAAGAAGAAGGUCAUUUACCUUUCACGGUCAACAAACAGUUGAAUAGAAGUAAAACUACUUCUCAUAUUGGCAGUAACGGUAUUACACAGAAACAAAAUGGUUUCAAACCUAAUCCUAGAUCGGAUAUGGGACAUGGUUCAGCCAAUGGCGGAGGAGGGAAAGAGGAGAAAAGACAUUUUGAUCCAUCUAGAGAACCCAAAUUAUUGGGAUUACUUUGA